UGGACUGCUCCAAUGCCAAUGCUUCCAUGGCUCCUACCGCCCUAGGACUCUUCAGUGCCCACAGAGGACAGUAGGGACCUCUUUAGGAAACUAUGAUCAUACGUUUUCCAUGACCAAACCACUCUUUUCGUAUUCAUUAAACACUUGUAACAAGAUAAAGUCUAACUGUGAAUGGUUCUUAGGUAUCUCAGUGGUACGAGUUGGUGGUCUUCACUGCGUCCAUGGAGAUAUACGGCGCGGCUGUCGCCGACAAGCUGGACAACGGCCGCGGCGUACUGCGGCGGCGAUUCUACAGACAACAUUGCACGGCCGAACAUGGGUCGUACACGAAAAACCUGUCGUCGAUAUGUGACGACCUCAACAGGGUCUUCAUACUCGACAACUCGCCCGGGGCCUACCGGGAUUUCCCAGACAACGCGAUCCCGAUAAAGUCGUGGUUCUCAGACCCACUGGACACAUCGCUGCUAUCAUUGCUGCCGGUGCUGGACGCGCUGCGCUUUACGCACGACGUACGCUCCGUGCUCUCGCGCAACCUGCACUUACACCGGCUCUGGUAGCCGCCAGAUGUAAGAUCGGCUUUUGUACAAAUGAAGGACGCCAGAGGCGUCCUCAACUUAUUUAUUAUUAUUUUCACUCGUUAGGUCGUUCAGCGCUUCUAUUCAAAAUAUACAUAUAGUUAUAAAAUAUAGUUAAAUAUUUUUAUUAAGUUAGGUUUUUUCUUAAGCGGCACAUUCACUAUUCAACAUGUUGACUAACAGAAAAUGACGAGCAAUAAUACGCAAGUGACUGUUCUCUCUC